UGCCAAAUAUCUAUUAUUGCGAAUAUCCCACGGCGGUAUUCCGCCCGUAAAAGUUAAUUUUUAUAAUUUCGGGUCUGUAUAAAUAUAAAUGUUGAUCUCAACCAUGCACGAGCAUGAAAAUAUAAUUAAAUCGAGUUGAGUAAUAAACGAACAAUUUGAAAUGUUCUACUUAUUGAAUUUCUUGAUUAAAAUUCAUUCGUUUUACUUUUGUGUCGUCAAUGUCAAGACAACAGAUUGAAGUGGAGAUGAAUUAUCAUUAAGAAUACGAUAUUAAAAAUUGCGGACAGUAUAUAUGUAUGGUUUGGUUAUCGAACAAGGAAAUGGGCUUUUCAACGAGCCUGCAAGGGCAGGCAUCGCACGAAGCUUUACUUGGACGACAGGAUGCUGAAAUCAAGCUUUUGGAAACAAUGCGGCGGUGCUUGACAACGAAAGUAAAAUCUGACCGUGAAUAUGCUGCAACUAUUUCUUCCUUAACUCUACAGGGUAAAAAAAUAGAGCGAAGCGAAGAUCUUGUAGGCAGUUUGAUUGCUCAGAGUUGGAAAGAUAUUAUGGAUUCGAUAGAUCAAACAGCUAAAUUAAUUAAACAGCAAGCAGAUUCUAUUGAAAGUAUUGUUAUAGAACAUAUUAGCGUUUUAUAUUCUGAAAGAAGAAGAGCUAGAAAAGUUUACCAAGAGGAACAAGCUUGGUUGAAUAAUCAAUUUCAACAGUUGACAGAUGAUGUAGUUAGAAAAAAAAUGGAAUAUCAAAAAAAUUUGGAGGUCUAUAAAUUGAUGAGAUCUAGAUUUGAAGAGCAUUAUAUAAAAUCUGGCCGUGGAGGUAGAAAGUUAGAUGAAGUAAGAGAAAAGUACCAAAAAGCUUGUAGAAAGCUACAUUUAACACACAAUGAAUAUGUAUUACUUUUGGGUGCUGUAACAGAAUGUGAACACGAUUUAAGAACUUGUUAUUUGCCUAGUCUACUUCGUCGACAACAAGCUAUACACCAAGAAUUUAUUACAUCAUGGAAAGGUAUACUUCAUGAUAUAGUAAAAUAUUCAGAUUUUACUACAGAUAAAUUCUUAGAAAUACAUGCAAGAAUGCAAAAAGCAGUUGAUACAGUAAAACCAAUUGAAGAAUAUAGAGAUUUCAUAGGAAAACAUAAAACUAGGGCAGUAUCCCCAAUAAGAUUCACGUUUGAUGAGAACCUUGUGGAUGAUACUUCAGGAAAAUUACUACCCAACAAAUUAACUGUGGAUAAUUUAACCAUUGAUUGGUUAAGAAGUAGACUUACAGAAUUGGAAACGUCUCUUAAAGCAACGCAACAGAAUCGCCAAAAUCCACAAUUUUCUCCUGAAAAUAAUAGUGAUUCUAAGAUUUCUGCCUUAGACUAUUCAAAUGAAAGGGAAGAAUUGAGACUACGUUGUCAAGAAAAGAAAUUACAAAGACAGGUCGAUGUUAUUAGAGCUGCUCUUAAUGAAUUGGGAUGUGAGGAAUUGCCUUCAGGAUGUGAUCUCUCUAUGGAAGGCUCAUACACCGAUCCUCCAACAAUAAAUAAGAAAAGCACAGUUGCAGAUAAUGGUUUGUUUACACUAAGAAGAAAUCAACGCUUUCUGACGAUAAUAAAGUCACCUUUCAAGUCUUUACCAUCAAUAAGUGAUUCGAAAAAUGGAUUAAUUAGGGCCAGUAGUGAAGGUGUUACAACAAAAGCAGACAGUGUUCCCCCAGUUGUACCAUUGCGUUAUGUCUCACAUUUGACCAAUAAUCAGAAAGGAAAUGGAAAUGGAGAUUUAAUGGAAGAAGAAUGGUUUCAUGGUGUUCUACCAAGAGAAGAAGUUGUAAGAUUACUUGUUAAUGAAGGAGAUUUCUUAGUGCGUGAAACAACAAGAAAUGAUGAAUGUCAAAUAGUUUUAUCUGUUUGUUGGGAUGGUCACAAACAUUUCAUUGUACAAACUACCCAGGAAGGACAUUAUAGAUUCGAGGGUCCAACAUUCCCAUCAAUACAAGAAUUAAUUAGGCAUCAAUGGAUGUCUGGUCUCCCUGUGACUAGUCGUUCUGGCGCUAUUCUUAAAACACCAAUAUUACGCGAACGAUGGGAGCUCAAUAAUGACGAUGUAAUUCUCCUUGAAAAAAUAGGUCGAGGUAAUUUUGGAGAUGUUUACAAGGCACAGCUUAAAACGUGCAAGACUGAUGUAGCUGUAAAAACUUGUAAAGUAACAUUACCUGAUGAACAGAAAAGGAAGUUUUUGCAGGAAGGUAGAAUUUUGAAACAGUAUGAUCAUCCAAAUAUAGUAAAACUUAUUGGUAUUUGUGUUCAAAAACAACCAAUUAUGAUAGUAAUGGAAUUGGUUCCAGGUGGUUCAUUGUUAACAUAUUUACGAAAAAAUGCUAGUUCAAUUACUCAACGAGAACAACUACGAAUGUGUAAGGAUGCAGCAGCAGGUAUGCGUUAUUUAGAGUCGAAGUAUUGCAUACAUAGGGACUUAGCAGCUCGAAACUGUCUCGUAGGUUACGAGUCAAUAGUAAAAAUUUCAGAUUUUGGAAUGUCAAGAGAAGAAGAAGAAUAUAUUGUAUCAGAUGGAAUGAAACAAAUUCCUAUUAAAUGGACUGCACCAGAGGCUCUUAAUUUUGGUAAAUAUACUUCCCUUUGUGAUGUUUGGAGUUAUGGUGUUCUUAUGUGGGAGAUAUUUUCUAAAGGUGGUAAUCCAUAUAGUGGUAUGUCAAAUUCUCAGGCACGUGAAAAAAUAGACGCAGGAUAUCGCAUGCCAGCACCAGAAAAUACUCCGGAUGAAAUAUAUCGAUUAAUGUUACGUUGCUGGGAAUAUGAACCAGAAAAACGACCACAUUUUGAUCAGAUAUAUACCGUUGUUGAAACAUUAUCACAAGCUUAUUUAUAAAUAAUAAUCAAUAACAUACA